AUGAUGAGAAAGAUAUACGUGAAAGAGAUCACGGCCGCUCACGAUACUUGCAUGUUCAUCUCGGUGGGACUGCUGAUGAUGAGCAUCAGCACUUCGUUGUUGCAGAUAUCAGAACACGAACACGACGCAGAAUGGACAUUGUACUGCACGUUCUUCACGGCCCAGUUGUUACACAUGCUGUUCUUAGUCGUUCAGGGGCAGUUCGUGUUGGACGCGUACGACGAUGUUUAUAAUACGAUAUACGAAUCGACAUGGUACAAUUCUUCGUGCAAAACGCAAGCGUUAUACAUAUUAGCGUUACGGAGUAGCCUAAACCCUCCCUUGUUAACCGCCGGUGGAUUUAUAACGUUGAAUUUAAAGACCUUCUCAGAGAUUAUAAAAUCAUCCGUGUCUUACUAUACGGUGAUGCAAUCGAAAUGA